AUGUUUCAUAUAAAGCUGAGUAGGUUUGAAAGUAGACUCAAGAACUCAGCCGUAAUUGUCGCUUUCAGAAAGAUAAAAGUUUCAAAUUAUGGAUAUUUACGCUUUACUACCUUACAUGAUGCUGUACGUAUCAAGCCUAAAAUGACUGCAAAAAAGGAACCCCUAACUGGUUUUGCUGAAUUGUGUAAAUUCAAGAUGGAUAUGACUGAUAAAACCCUAUGA